GGGUUAAAAUGCUACUCUAUAAUGUUUUUAUUUUCUAUGUAUUUUAUGGUUAUACAAAUAGAUGUGUGUUACAAAAAUCAUAUUAUUUGACUGUGGUAUAAGGUCUAGAGAGUUGUUUGGUGUGUCGUUACUUUUCUUGUUUAGCAUGAGUGAAAUAUGUGUGUUUAUGGUGUUAUCUUGUGUCUUCUCCGAGUGAUUACUUAGGUUAUAUGAUCUUAGUUUUUUAUUUUGUUGUUUUAAGUGGCUUGAGCUUAUUUUGGAGGGUUAAAGAGAGUUUCCUUCUUAUGUCAUAUUUAGUUGGGUUUUUUUUCAUUGUUUGUUUUCCCUUUUAUUUUGGAGUUUAUUUAUGCCAUGACCUGAAAACUUUUUUUUUAAUAGUUCAAUAUCUUUAUGUAAAAAAAAUGACUAUUUUCAAAUAUAGAAAAAUGAACAAAAAAAAUAUUUCAAAAUAUAGCAAAUAUUAGAUUACCUACUAUUGAUCGUGAUAGACUACUAUCUACGUCUAUUUAUAUCGUAAUAAAUAUAAAUAAUAGUCUAAUUUGAUCUAUCACGAAUAAAUUGUGGUAUUUUGCGGUACUUAUAAAUAUGUUUUAGAAUUUUAUCCUUGAAAAUAAUUUUUAUAGAAUAAUAUAAUAUUAUAUAAGUAAUUAACAUCAUAAUUUAUUUUUAAAAUUUAUGUGCCAAAGUGAGAUAUGGGGUUUGAGUAUUAGCUUAACCUUCAAUAGUUGCCGGACCAAAUUGAAACUUUGAAAGUGGCCCAUCAAGUGCGUCGAUAACCGUUCGAUGUCGCUACUGCCACGUGUACGUUCGAUAUCAUCUCCACUACGGCAAAAUCUUACACCGCAAUAGCAUGCGAUUGCUAAAGCCUUCGUCUUCAACCCUUUUCCUCCUUCACGAUGUGGGCUUCCGUAGUUACCAACUGCGGCAUCAAAAUUCUGCGCUGCCGUCCCCUUUUGCUUCCACGUGUCCUCAUCACUCCAAUUCCACUUCCCAUCUCUCCCUCUCUACUCUCCAUGGAUAGGAGCAAUACCACAUCCUCUUCUUCUUUUGCCCAUUCCAGCAAAAGUGGUGGAAGAGGAAGAGGUUUGGAUUUGAGGAAUGAUAGAGAAAGAACGAGAGGGCGUGGUGGAGGAGGCGGUGGCUCUGGUAAAGAUAAAAUUGACGCUCUUGGUAGACUCUUGACACGAAUCUUGCGUCACAUGGCUUCUGAGUUAAACUUGAAUAUGAGGAACGAUGGAUAUGUCAAGGUUGAGGAUUUGCUAAAGUUGAAUUUGAAAACAUUUGCUAAUAUUCCACUGAGAUCGCACACAAUUGAUGACAUAAGGGAGGCUGUUAGGAAGGAUAAUAAGCAGCGUUUCAGCCUCCUGGAUGAGAAUGGAGAGCUCUUAAUUCGAGCAAACCAAGGCCAUACAGUCACGGCGGUUGAAACAGAAAGCUUAUUAAAACCAAUUCUUUCGGCUGAGGAGGUGCCAGUAUGUGUCCAUGGCACUUAUAAGAAGAAUUUGGAAUCAAUUCUGGAUUCUGGUUUAAAACGCAUGAAAAGAUUGCAUGUUCACUUCUCAUGUGGUUUGCCAACAGAUGGGGAGGUUAUCAGUGGUAUGAGACGAGAUGUCAAUGUUUUAAUCUUUCUUGAUGUCCAAAAAGCUCUUGAAGAUGGAAUGAAGCUUUACAUUUCGGACAAUCGGGUCAUUCUGACUGAAGGUUUCGAUGGCACGGUGCCAAUAAAAUACUUCCAAAAGAUUGAGUCAUGGCCGAAUCGACAACCUAUUCCGUUUUGAGCCUGGAGCAAACGAUACAUGAUCAUGAAUUGUGUCUUAAUCUAAAUAGUGUUAUUAAAACAUUCAUUUGGAUUAGGAACUCGGGAAAUCUUUGCGUUAAACUUGGCUGCAAACAGAACAGAAGUCUUUCAUAUGAACUUCUUGGGGAAUCAUUCAUGAAGAUUUGGCAACAAUUAAAAUUUCUUGGAGUUUGCCUCAUUGGAGACUGAUCUGAGAAUUUAGAUUUACGUUUUGGUUUGUCUUGGUCAGUUACUUACUAACGAUUCUUAUGUAUACAACAACAUAUAAAGAGGAUUUGUUUUGUUUAUAUACGUCAAGUCUUGAUAAUCGGGUGUUUGGUCCAUCAAUUUCAUUAGUUGGUAUUAAAUGAUUCACUAUUGAAGCUUGUA